AUGGGAAAACUCACUGAUGAUGACUUUUAUACCAAUCACCAAGCUGCAAACUCUCUUCGCGUUAUUAUCGUUGGGGCAGGCAUUGCAGGACUCUCGGCCGGGCUGACACUUUCUCAAUAUGGCCACUCCGUAACGAUUUUGAAGAGUUCACCCCUGCUCGGCGAAACCGGCGCAGGUAUACAGCUGGCUCCAAAUGCCACUCGCAUUCUUCGCAGGUUUGGAGUACUUGGCGAGGUGAUAUUACACACUUCUGUUCUCCCAGGUGUUAGUAUAAGACGUUAUAAUAGUGAUGAGGAGCUCAAAUAUUCGCCGAUGUCGCUCUCCUCCAGCAAUAAAUACGGAGCACCAAUGGGAGUCAUACACCGUGGAGAUCUGCAUCGCAUACUUCUAAAUGCCGCUGGAGACAACGGCUGUCAGAUAUCUACAUCUCACACAGUCAUAGAGGUUGACUCGUCUCCAGUCCCGAGAGUUCGAGUUCGAGUUGGCAACAACAGCCAAUGCUUGUGGUUCACAGCCGAUAUAGUCAUUGCUGCAGAUGGCAUAAAGUCUGUUUGUAGGAAGCAAAUGGCUCUCGCAGGUGGCUAUGCCAGCAAAGAUCAACCCUACCCCACAGGAGAUGCAGCGUACAGGUUGCUAAUUCCUCGUGAAAAGGUUCAACAUGAUUCAGAAUUACUGGCCAUGCUAGACCAAGAUGUGGCGAUGCGCUACAUGGGGCCUGGAGGACACAUCAUGGCCUACCCGUUGAAAGGAAACAAAUUGUACAACAUGGUGCUCAUCCACCCUUCCAAGCCGACUAGCCAUACUGAAGAGAAUGUUUGGACAGCCACUGGCAAACGAAGAGAGAUGAUGAGCUUUUACGGAAGCUGGUCGCCUGCAAUAAGAAAGUGGCUGAGCUAUGCCGGAGAAGAGAACGAGGAGGACAUUCCAGAGUGGACCCUCAACACGUACCCGCCGUUGCCGAGAUGGGUAUGGGGUGGUGUUGCGCUCAUAGGUGACGCCUGCCACCCAAUGCUUCCAUAUGUCGCUCAAGGAGCAGCGAAUGGUAUCGAGGAUGCUGCAGUGAUAGCCACUGCUCUGAACUACACGUCGAAUGUCCAGUUGGCUCUUCGCGUGUACGAGACAGUUAGGAAAGAGCGCGCUGAGAAGAUAGCGGCGAGUGCGUCAGACACGAGCAAAAGCUUGCACCUGCCAGAUGGCCCUGAGCAAGAAAAAAGAGACAGGGCUAUACUGGGCUCAGGGCAGAAGGAAAGGGCUGGGAAGUCACAAGUCGCAGACAAGUGGCAGGACCAGCAGUGGCAAGAUUAUAUGUGGGGUGUGGAUGUAAUGCAUCAAACACUAGACAAAUGGGCUGAAAUAGGCGCUGUGGCAAUGAGCGACUCGGAGCAUAUCAUAUCUUCCCUUUGA